CCGAGAGCUUGGUGGCUCCCGCUCCCGCCUGGCCCACCGCGCUCUCCCAGCCCCCUGUGCCUCCUGUGCGUCUCCCCAGCCCACAGGACUGGUAUUAGCCCCCCUCCAUCUUCCUCAGCUCCGCUCUGGGGGAUCCCCACGCCGUGGGCCAAACUACCGUGAAGCCUUUUAAACGCGAAACAGCAGGUCCUUUCAAGCUGCAGCCCAUAUCAGAGCUGAAGGAGCAUGAGCCAUUUGCAGAACAUACUGUUAGAUACCCUCCUGGGGACGAAGCACGUGGACAGCGCAGCCCUCAUCAAACUCCAGGAGCGCAGCCUGUGUGUAGCGUCACCAGGAUUCAGUGUAAUGCCCAGUGAUGUCAAAACACUUGUGAAUGGAUUUGCCAAGAACCCUUUGCAAACCAGAAGGAAAGGACUGUAUUUCAAGGAAAAGGACUACAAAUGUGUCCGGGCAGAUGAUUAUUCUCUGUAUGCUAAGAAUGAAAACACUGGUGUGGUUGUUGUGAAGACCCAGCUGUAUCUUCUGGUGGCAACUUACACCGAGGGCAUGUAUCCUAGUGUCUGUGUGGAAGCCACAGAGAAGCUGGGUGAGUUUGUCUCCCAUUGCCUGUCUUGGUUCCCUAUGACAGUCGUGCAUGUGACAGAGACCCAAUUCAGAUCAGCUAGGACGUAAAGGAGGAAUUGAUUGGAAGGAUACUGGGGUUACUUACAUAACCACUGGAAGGAUGGGGUCCAGCUGAGCCACGGGGAGAGUGGAUUCCAGCACUGGAACACUGCUAGAACUUUCCUGUGGUCUCUCCUUCUAAGAGGGCCAGGUUUGUUCUGUCCCAUUGUGAACCGUGUCCUCUCCUGCCUGGUAUCAUGGCCAAGCUUCGCAUUCUACCUCUUAGUUUAUUUUAGGGCCCUCGUUUGACAAGUCUUGGAUCAUAUGGUUUACCUUUAUAUCAUUCAUCUGGGUGGAGGUAGGGGGAAGGAGGCAACCGGUUAAAAAAGAUAGAGAGAUGUAGCUGCUGGGGGCCACCCUAUAUAGAGACCCUUUACAGAAAAAGAAAUUACUGUGAGCCAAGCAGCCAGCUUGUUGGUAUCUACUGUAUUCCCUUUCCAUGUCUAUACAUUUUUGAGUAAAGAUCUAAUAUGGAACUGAGAAGUUAUAUCUAUGAGAGUUGAGCUUAAUAAAUGAUAUAAAUUGUGUUUGUGUUUAGAUAUUUAACCUAAAUUUAGAUUUCUAAAACUUUUUUGGAGUUGCUUGACAUUCCUUUGAAAUAGUAGGAGCUUCUAUUUCUACUAGUGAGGAAAGCAGCAAUUCCUUCAUUCUUUCAACAAAUAGUGAUGACAUACCGUGUGCAGUGCACGAUCCUAAUAAACUAGGAAAUCAAAGCUGAUCAAGAUACAGUCUCUGCCUUCCAGGCCUCUACACAUGCUGUUCUGUCUUCCUGAAAUAUUUUCCCUUUCUGUUCUUGUCCUUUCACAUGCAGCUGGCAAAUUCCUAAUAACCAUUGAAGACCUGAGUCAGAUCUUGGGCAUCUGUCUCUCCACUGUGCUGUGUGUUUUAUGCAUACCUUUAUUAUGACCACCAUUAUAGUUCUUUCUUUACCUAGACUGUGAGCCCCUAGAAAGCAAGAAUUGUGUUGCAAUCAUUCUCCUAUCUCCAGUAUCUAAGAUGAAUAUCUACUGUCAAGUAGGCAAUUAAUACUCGUACAUGUUUGCUGAACAAAUCAAUAAAUGACUUCUGCUUUGGGGAAGGCUCUGGAGAGCUGAAUCUUAAAGGGUUAAUUGAGAAAUUAAGUACCAUCAUAGAAAAUAUAUAUUCUUGCUUACAGCCAUCAAAGAUUGCAAAGAAUUUGUACUAGUUAGAAAGAGACAGCUAACAUCAUGCCACUAGGAUCCCACUGCUCUGGGAAAGGAUGGGCUAUCUUGGAAGUGGUUGGAUGCUCAUGUGGGAUGGAUGAGGCUGGUACCCACCCAGAAGCCAGUUACAUGUCUCAUCACUUCUAUUUCCUUUACUUGUUUUCUUUUAAUUACAUUUUUCUCUAUCAAGAAAUUAUACAUGAUAAUUAUAGAAAAUUUGGGAAAUAAAGAAUUACGACUAUUAAAAAUUUUUUUAUUAUGAAAGAUCCUGGGAACAUAAUUGAUGUUUUUAUACCUCUCUCAGGGAGUGGGUCCUAACUCUCCCCCAUCCUUAUAUCUCCAGUACCUAGCACAGUGCCUAGCACAGGGCAGU